AUGAGUGAAGGGGCGGCCGCUGCCUCGCCACCUGGUGCCGCUUCGGCAGCCGCCGCCUCGGCCGAGGAGGGCACCGCGGCGGCUGCGGCGGCUGCGGCGGCGGCGGCGGCGGCGGGCGGGGGCCCGGACGGCGGCGGAGAAGGGGCGGCCGAACCCCCCCGGGAGUUACGCUGUAGCGACUGCCUCGUGUGGAACCGGCAGCAGACGUGGUUGUGCGUGGUGCCUCUGUUCAUCGGCUUCAUCGGCCUGGGGCUCAGCCUCAUGCUGCUUAAAUGGAUUGUGGUGGGCUCCGUCAAGGAGUACGUGCCCACGGACCUGGUGGACUCCAAGGGAAUGGGCCAGGACCCCUUUUUCCUCUCCAAGCCCAGCUCUUUCCCCAAGGCUAUGGAAACCACCACCACGACCACUUCCACCACGUCCCCAGCCACCCCCUCUGCCGGAGGCGCCGCUUCUUCCAGGACGCCUAACCGGAUUAGCACCCGUUUGACCACCAUCACGCGGGCACCCACUCGCUUUCCUGGGCACCGGGUGCCCAUCCGGGCUAGCCCGCGCUCUACCACGGCACGGAACACUGCUGCACCCCCGACGGUCCUGUCCACCACGGCCUCUUUCUUCAGUAGUAGCACGCCAGGCUCCAGACCCCCGAUGCCAGGAGCCCCCAGUACGCAGGCAAUGCCUUCCUGGCCCACUGCGGCGUACGCUACCUCCUCCUACCUCCACGAUUCCACUCCCUCCUGGACCCUGUCACCCUUUCAGGAUGCUGCUGCCGCUGCCUCUUCCUCCUCACCCUCUUCCACCUCCUCCACUACCACCACCCCAGAAACUAGCACCAGCCCCAAAUUUCAUACUACAACAUACUCCACCGAACGAUCUGAGCACUUCAAACCCUGUCGAGACAAGGACCUGGCGUAUUGCCUCAAUGACGGUGAAUGCUUUGUGAUUGAGACCCUGACAGGAUCCCAUAAGCACUGUCGGUGCAAAGAAGGCUACCAAGGAGUCCGUUGUGAUCAGUUUCUGCCGAAAACAGACUCCAUCUUAUCGGAUCCAACAGACCACUUGGGGAUUGAAUUCAUGGAGAGUGAAGACAUUUAUCAAAGGCAGGUGCUGUCAAUUUCAUGCAUCAUCUUUGGAAUUGUCAUCGUGGGCAUGUUCUGUGCAGCAUUCUACUUCAAAAGCAAGAAACAAGCUAAACAAAUCCAAGAGCAGCUGAAAGAGUCACAGAAUGGGAAAAACUACAUCCUCAAGGCAUCCAGCACAAUGACAAAGUCUGAGAGCUUGAUGAAGAGCCAUGUUCAACUUCAAAAUUAUUCAAAGGCGGACAGACAUCCUGCUAUUGCGCUGGAGAAAAUAAUGGAGUCAAGUUUUGCAGGUCCCCAGUCAUUCCCUGAGGUCGCCUCUCCUGACAGAGGAAGCCAUCUUGUCAAGCACCACAGCAGGAGUAUUUCUUCUUGCUGUAGCCCAGGACAGAGGAGUGGGAUGCUACAUAGGAAUACUUUCAGAAGGACACCACCUUCACCCCGAAGUCGACUCGGUGGGGUUGUAGGACCAGCGUAUCAACAACUGGAAGAAUCAAGAAUCCCAGACCAGGAUACGAUACCCUGCCAAGGGAUAGAGGUCAGGAAGACUAUAUCCCACCUGCCUAUACAGCUGUGGUGUGUUGAAAGACCCCUGGACUUAAAGUAUGCAUCUAAUGGCUUAAGAACCCAACAAAAUGCAUCAAUAAAUAUGCAACUGCCUUCAAGAGAAACAAACCCUUAUUUUAAUAGUUUGGAUCAAAAGGACCUAGUGGGUUAUUCAUCCCCAAGGGCCAAUUCUGUGCCCAUCAUCCCUUCGAUGGGUCUAGAAGAAACCUGCAUGCAAAUGCCAGGAAUUUCUGAAGUCAAAAGCAUUAAAUGGUGCAAAAACUCCUACUCCGCUGACAUUGUCAAGGGGAGUAUUCCAGUCAGUGAUCGUCUUCUAGAAGAACAACAGGAAGUGAAGAUAUUACUAGAGACUGUGCAGGAACAGAUCCGGAUUCUGACUGAUGCCAGACGGUCAGAAGACUAUGAACUGGCGAGUGUGGAAACUGAGGACAGUGCGAGCGAAAACACAGCCUUUCUCCCCCUGAGUCCCACGGCCAAAUCAGAAAGAGAGGCACAAUUUGUCUUAAGAAAUGAAAUACAAAGAGACUCUGUGUUAACCAAGUGACUCAAGAUGUAGGAAUCUGUGCAUUCUAUGCUUUGCUCAACAGGAAAGAGAGGAAAUUCAAUACAAAUUAUUUAUAUGCAUUAAUUUAAGAGCAUCUACUUAGAAGAAACCAAAUAGUCUGCCGCCCUCAUAUCAUAGUGUUUUUUAACAAAAUAUUUUUUUAAAGGGAAAGAAACGUUUCAGGAGGGAUAAAGCUUACCACUAAAGCUUUUGGGGAGAAUUCUGAAUCCAAUUUCAGUUAGCCCCUACACUGUUCUCUUUGGCUGUUGGAAGAUUUGGCCAAUUACAACCUUUGGUCCCAUAGUACCAGUAUCUAUAUGGAAGAGAAACUCUUGUUCACCUAGCUUCAAAGAGAAGAGGUUUAUCCCAAGAGCAGAUGUGCUAGUGAGAAGGUAGUCCUGGCCAUUUGACUCUUGAGUUACAACCCCUAAAUUUCUAUUCAUCAAUGCUCACACCACAGAUUAUGUCAUGUCAAGGAAUGUAGUGCUUUGUAUUUGGUUUUUAGAGAAUGGCAGGAAAACAUAAGCCGUAAGGAAGACAGAAAAUAGGAGUAAUCUGGGCAAUCUUAGCUACUCUAUGUGCCAUCUUUCUCUGUAAUUUGAAAGCACAGACCCUCAAGAGAGGUGGGAAAUUAUUAUAGGAAAAGAGACAAAAUGACAAUGUUGUGUCAAAAAAAUUCAUGCUAAAAAUGUUUUUCUUGGGGAGUGUUAAAAAGCUCUGAAAGGGCACCUUUCAGUGUGUGUGUGUGUGUGUGUGUGUGUGUACCUGUGUGCACAGGUGUGAGGGUGCAAGUGCUUGGCUUGCUUACCCAAGCACAUAUGUUGUAUGCACACAUAUUUCUUGUACGUAUGUGUGUGCAUGUGUGUGUGUAUUAAAGCUUGCUAAAAUUUGUUCUGAAACAUCAGGGAAUCUAAUAUUCAGAAGAGAUUUUCCCCUCUUAGAUCUUUUUCACUUUAAAUUUUCCAUUAAAUAUAAAUUUGGUUAGUGACUUCUUGAACCAAGUUAACUUGCAUGGUGGGGUCUUAUAAAACUCUUGACAAUGUCUAGACCAUUUUCUGAUGUGAUGACAAUUGAAAAAGAUAGCCUGUGGCUUAUUGAUAUCAGCAUCACAAAGCAAAUUAGUGGAGGAUGUGUUUAUUUUUAAUCAUUUACUUAAAUUACUAAUACAAGCCAAUUAACAAAUUGACAGUUGACCAUUUUGUUUAUCAUCCUCAUUGCUAUUUUACAGCAAGUCUGCUCUGUGUAGACAGAGGCAUUGGCUUCUGUGGUUAAUGUGGAAGGAAUAAAUUGUUGAAAACCACAAAUCCCAGACUACUCAGUUCACAAGCAAUGCCCCCAAAUAGUAAAUUGUGUUGUAUGUUCAUUUGGAAUAAAGCAAUAUUUUUACCACUGCUAAGGUGAACUGAAAACCUCUCCUGAAGAUGUGUCUGUUUUAUUUUCCCUAUUUUCAUGGGGCAUUCAAGGAAACUAGUGUUCACAUUCCCAGUCUUUAUCCAAUUAUUGGUGGUGUUGUUAUGUUUACACUGUUUAAAUAAAAAGGCACAGUAUU